GACAUCAAAUCUAACGUUGAGUCAGGCGAGUCCCCAGAAUGUAAACAUGGUGACAGAUAGAUGAGAGAAACGCCAAAAUGGUCUUCGAAAGCUUGGUGGUUGAUGUCCUGAACCGAUUUUUAGGGGAUUACGUUGUCAACCUUGACAGCUCACAGCUCAAGCUUGGCAUAUGGGGAGGUGACGUUGUUCUCAGAAAUCUUGAAAUAAAGGAGAAUGCCUUGAGUCAACUGGACAUUCCCUUUAAAGUGAGAGCCGGUCAUAUAGGACGGCUGGAGCUAAAGAUUCCAUGGAAGAACCUUUACACUCAGUCAGUGGAGGCAACGCUGGAUGGUGUCUAUUUGCUCAUAGUCCCCACAGCAAGUAUUAAGUAUGACGCAGAGAAAGAGGAAAAGCAGCUGCAGGAGGGUCGUCAGAGGGAACUACAGAGGAUAGAGGAGACAAAGCUGAAAGCUGCCGAGCAAGAGAACCCUGGGCUUGAGAAACAGGACACCUUUGUGGAGAAGCUUGUCACUCAGGUCAUCAAAAACCUGCAGGUCAAGAUUUCUAACAUCCACGUCCGCUAUGAAGAUGAUGUCACUAAUCCAAACUGUCCUUUGUCCUUUGGAGUGUCACUUAAAAACCUCAGCCUUCAGACAGCUGAUAAGAACUGGAAUCCCAGUCUGCUGGAUGAAAACUCACGGCUUUUCUUUAAGUUGGUUCAGCUGGACAACUUGUUUGCCUACUGGAAUGUCAACUCAACUCUCUUCUCCAACCACAACGCAGAUGAGGCUUUGCGCUGUCUUCAGAGUAGUUUGGAAACCAACAGCUCUCUUUCUGUCAACCAUGACUACAUUUUUCGUCCCAUAUCCGCUGAUGCUAAGCUGCGGAUGAAUCCCAGGUCGGAUGUGGACUUCUCCUCCCCCAAAGUGGACCUAAUGGUUAACCUCAGUGAGGUGGCCAUUGAGCUCAAUAGGCCCCAGUACAUUAGCAUCUUGGAGCUGCUGGGCUCAGUGGAUAUGAUGUCACGCAACCUGCCAUACAGGAAGUACAGGCCCAUGGUCCAAGUUCACAGAAACGCUUGUAUAUGGUGGAAAUAUGUGAUCAAAGGCAUCCUUGAAGUAGAUGUAAAGCCUCGUCUCCACAUGUGGUCAUGGGAGCACAUCCGCCGUCACCGGCAGAUGGUAAAAUGUUACAGAGAGCUCUACAAGACUAAAAUCACAAGCAAGAAACCCACUGAGGAUCUGCUAAAAUCACUACAGGAGCCUGAGAAGACCUUGGAUAUAUUUAACAUCACGUUGGCCAGACAGCAGGCUGAGGUGGAGGCAAGCAAAGCCGGCUUGUGUAUCUACCGUCCCGGGGUGAAGAUGGAGGAAGAAGAGUCCCAGGGUUGGAUGAGCUGGAUGUGGAACUGGGGAGGAGAGGAAGAAACACAAAAAAAAGAAGUAAAGACUGGAGGUUUUGAUGAGCUGUUAACCUCUGCUGAGAAAUCCAAACUCUACACUGCCAUUGGAUACAGUGAGACAGCCGCUAAUCCCAACCUGCCAAAGAACUUUGAGGACAUGAAGGUCAAUUUCCACAUGGAGAGGCUGACCGUGUCCAUCAAAGACGACAAGGACAAGAAUGAGAUCAUUAAACUGACUGUGGGGGAGCUCGUGUCCACACUCACACAGAGACCAGGGGCACAAGCUAUUAAAAUCACAGCCCGGCUCAGCUUGUUUGAAGUCACAGGCCUGGCCAGGGACCAGCCUGCACCUACGCUCCUGUCAUCCCGGAAGGCAGCCACAGGAGCAGGAACACCGCUGCUUUGCUUUCUGUUUGAGACCAACCCGCUUGACGAGAGUGCCGACCAACGGCUUCAUGUGGAGUCACAGCCCUUAGAAAUCAUCUACGAUGCUAUAACUGUAAACAGCAUGUCACAGUUCUUCAUGCCUCCUGACGACCUUCAGCUGGAUGAGCUCACCAACGCAACCCUCAUGAAACUGGAGCAGUUUAGAGACCGCACAGCCACAGGUCUGAUGUAUGUUAUUGAAACACAAAAAGUUCUGGACAUGAAGGUGAACCUGAUGGCCUCCUAUGUCAUCAUUCCACAGACGGGCUUUUAUGACAGCACUCAAAACAUUGUGCUGCUGGAUCUUGGACACUUUCAGAUGUCCAGUCAAAGCAAGAAAAAUCUGCCCCAGCUGUCAGUGGGUUCCAGCAACAUUGAAGACAUCAUGUCCAGAGCAUAUGACACCUUUGACAUACAACUAAGCAGCCUGCCGUUUCUUUACAGCAAACAGAUGGCGACUGGGAAACCGGCCCGUAAGCAGAAGCGAUCACCACUUCACAUCCUGGAGCCAGUAGAUCUCAAAGUUGUUUUUUAGCAGGUGCGAUGGUUAUAAAAGAAUUCCCGCAUGGCAAAAGUAAGUAUGUCUGGAGAGCUUCCUCUACUGUCUCUUCGCAUUUCUGAUGUCAAACUUCGAAGUGUUCUCGAGCUGCUAGAAAGUAUCCCGCUGCCUGAGAGCCGACCUGCACACAGCACUGCUCCGUCCAACAAUCAAAAGCCAAGGCAGUCGUUCACCCCUCAGCUCACACCCAGGAGACCUCUGAACUUGGCAGACCAGCGUUCCUCUCUCAUUUUCGAGUCAUGUGAGACCCUCAGCAUCACCUCACUGGGGUCAGAGGAAGAUUUCUACGAUGCUCCCAGCUCUCCCAUCGGUGAUCAGCAAUUCUUCCCAGAUAAUCCUAUGCCCCUGCGCUACGCAGACCACAAAAGAGGUCGUCUGUUGAAGGACGACGUUAAGAAAAACAUGACUGACCUCAUCUUGAAUUUUGAAAUUAGUGAGUUUUCUGUUCAGUUGUGUCGUCUGUUGGGGUCAGGAGGAGUCCCAGUGCUGCACCUGGACAUCGAGGGUCUGGGGACUGAAUUGAAAUUACGCACCUUUGACAUGACAUCUAACACCUACCUACGAGAGAUCUGCCAGUGCCCUGAAUACAUGGAUUCUGAAGAGAAGCAGGUUCAGCUUAUCACCACUCUAGACAACAGGAGGUUGACUUGCUCACCCCUUGAGUAUAUUAAGGCUGAUAAAAAUGGCCCUGAAUUCAAGACCCAGCACAACAAUACAGAGCAGCUCAUCAAGGUGACCUUUUCAUCCCUGGAUGUCCAUCUCCAUACAGAGGCUCUACUUAACACCAUGAACUUCCUCAGCAACCUCCUUCCUCCCUCUACUAAGAAGGAGGGAGGGCCGGAAGAGCUCCCCACCAUUCCUGAGGAGGAAGAGGCAGAGCCAGAGAGGGAGGAGGAGAAGAAGGGGGAGGCAGCUAUUACCAAGAAAAAAAGUACAAAGGUUAAAAAGUUUGCAGAUGUGGUGAAUCUGCACAUCAGAGCUGAUCUCCGCUGUCUGAGUUUCAUCCGAGGACAGAAGGCCAGGAUCUCUGAGAUUAGUAUUGAAGGUCUGGUUUCUGAAGUUCUGAUGAGGAAGAAGGACAUGGAAGUUCUGGCCAACCUGAAAAACAUUGUGAUCCUCGACUGUGACAAAGAUGCAUUUUAUAAGAAGGCUGUGUCUAUAGCAGAUAAGGAAGUGUUUGCCUCGAUGGUCAACUACACAGAUGCAACAGAGGGAGAUGCCUAUCUGGACAUGUCCAAAGUUGACACAUCUGUCACUCUGACUGUGGGAUGCAUCCAGUUUGUCUUCCUUAACAAGUUUGUCUCCUCAAUACUGGCGUUCAUCAAUAACUUUCAGGAGGCCAAAGAGGCCCUGGCUGAGGUGACGGUCCAGGCUGCAGAAAAGGCUGCAUCAGGUGUAAAGGAGCUGGCAGAGCGGAGCACUCGGAUUGCUCUGAAUGUCCACUUUAAUGCACCCGUCAUCUUCCUGCCCCAAUCUUCCACUUCCUCCAAUGUCAUCGUUGCUGACCUCGGCCUGCUGUCAGUCAAAAACUGUUUUGCCAAGCAGCCGUGUAAAAGCAGUGCCAAGAUCCCACCUGUUGUGGAUAAAAUGGCUGUGAAACUGACAGACCUCAAGAUGUACAGGACCACAUAUAUAGAUGAAGGUUUUCAAGGAGAGACCCAGGUGUUGAAGCCGGUCAGUCUGGACCUGGAAAUCCAGAGAAAUCUUUCAUCCAACUGGUACCACAGCAUCCCUGACAUAGAGAUCACUGCACAUCUCAAACCAAUGAGUCUGAUCCUCAGCCAGGAUGACAUGACGGUGGUCCUAAGGACUCUGAGUGAAAAUCUGUCUGAAAAGUCUGACGCUCUUCCAGCUCCCCCUCCUGUGCCCUCAAUUGACCACUCCUCUGACUCUGUGUCUAACAAAGAGUCUCAGGGCUCUGGAACCACAGGACCAGCCAGCAGUAACACAGUAGUGAUAUCUGCUGUUGUGGAGACUCAGAACAGCAAGCUGAAGAGCACGCUCAAAUUGGAUUUCAAGUUUGACUCAAUGACAGUGGUCCUGUUCAGCCCCAAUGGGAAUGUGAUGCAGCUGUUGGAUUCACAUGAUGAGCAGCUGAAGUUGGCAGAGUUCACUCUGGGCACCAUCUCUACCUCCGUCCACAUGUUCUCUGAUGGUUCAAUGAAGGCCUCAGUGCGACUAGCUGCCUGUCUUCUCGAUGACAAGAGACCCAGGAUCAAGAUGGUCACUCCAAGGAUGAUGGCAUUGCGUCCUGGUGCAGAGCAAAACAAAAUGGUGGAGGUGAACUACCAUCAGGGCCGGGAUGGCACCACUUUGGACACAGUGGUGCAGGAUGUGUAUCUGUGUGCUAGCAUGGAGUUCCUGCUCACGGUGGCAGAUAUCUUCCUCAAGGCCACCCAGCAGGGAUUUGCUCAAGUGCCACAAGCUAAGAACAAUACUGGAGCAUCAGAGAAAAAGAACAUUAACUCCUCUGCGACAUCUAAAGAGUCCUCUGCAGCUCCUGCUGUGGUAUCAAAGACCGAGAUGAACGUUGUGGUGCGUAAUCCAGAGAUCGUGUUUGUGGCUGACCUAACACGUGCUGACGCCCCCGCUCUGGUGAUGACCACCGAGUGUGAGCUGGUGAUGAAAAGCGAUGCAGAGGGAUCACAGAUGAGUGCUGCCAUCAAAGACCUCAAGGUAGUGGCGUGUCCCUUCUUGAGAGAGAAGAGGAAAAACAAUGUGACGACAGUGCUGCAGCCGUGUCAGGUGUUCUUUCAGAGUUCACAAACUCCAACGUCCCCUCAAGCUAUGGAGGUCUCCAUCAAUGCUCUCACCCUGAAGGUGUCUCCAAUCAUCAUCAACACAGUAAUCACCAUCCAGUCAGCACUGACACCCACACCAGAGACCCCUGAGGAGCUGGAGAGUCCUGUUCCUGUAGACUUGUGGGAGAAAAGAGGCUGGAAGGAGCUCAAACUCUGGUUCUUGGACGAGGAGGGGGAUGAGGACACAGCAUCACUGGUCCCACUGAUUCCACAAGGAGAGUCAUUACAGUUGAGCAUCAAGUCAAUAUGUCUGACUCUGGAGGCUGGAGUCGGACACCGCACUAUCCCUAUGCUUCUGGCCAAGUCCUCUUUCCAUGGAGACGUCACAAACUGGUCAACACUCAUCAACUUACACAGCGAGCUCAACCUGGAGGUUCACUAUUACAAUGAGAUGAUGGGAGUGUGGGAACCACUGCUGGAGCCAUUAGAAGAUGAGACAAGAGACGGUUUCAGACCAUGGAGACUGGAUCUAAAGAUGAAGAAGAAGCCGGUGAAAUCCUCUACAUUGGCAGAUGAGGUUGAUUACAAUGUCCCUGACUACAAGACGGUCAUUGUCAUCAGCAGUCAAGACCAGCUCAACAUCACCCUCUCUAAAUGUGGACUGGCUAUGCUGAGCAACCUGGGCACGGCGUUUGCUGAGGCUGCCAAACAGACGGCUGACUCCUUCCAGAAAGAUGAAGCUCCGUUUAUUGUGAAAAACCGUCUGGGCCUGCCGGUGGCUGUCCGCCACAGUGACAUGUUUUCUCCCAUUGGCACACAAAGCACCAACAGCAUUGUGGAGCUUCAGGAUGGGGAAACUCUUGGCAUGGAUUAUUCAGCCACAACAGACUCUGACCAGUUUUCAGCUAUGAUCUCCUUGAGUGGGAGAGACUACUACACUCCGGAUGGCCACACCUCAGCCAGUGUGAUCCCCCUGAUCAAGGUGGGCAGGGGAAUGUACAGUGUGAUGCACAAAGAGUCGGGGGUCACUCGUUUCCUCGUCUGUCAGAUUUACUCUGUGGAGGGCAGCAAGUACAUCAAGAUCCGCUCACCUUUCCAGAUCAUCAAUCAUUUCUCAAUCCCAUUCAAAGUGUUUGAAGGAUCAACAUAUCUUGGUACAGCUCUCCCCACUGAAGAGUUCUGUGUUCCUCUGGACUCAUAUAGGUCUGAGCUGAGCAUUCAGCCAAUAACGGAGGACGAUGCUGAAAUUAAGGACGAGUUUGAAAGCUCCGAGGGCUUCAGUUACGAAGACUUCAGCAACCAGCUGCCUGAGACACGUCUCCAGCAGACUUGCCGCCGCCGCGGAGAUCAGGGGGGUGUCAUGGUCGUCAACAUUGUGCCAGUGAAAGAUGCUGUGACAUUCAAGCACACUGGAGGUGCUGGGGAAAACUUUGAUGUGCCCUUCGUGCUUCACCUGUGGCCUUCCAUCCUGCUCCGAAACCUGCUGCCUUACCCCAUCUCGUACAAACUGAAGGACAGUGGAGUCUCUGCCCCUGAGGCCACUCUGGACCCUGGCCACUCUGCCCAUCUUCACACUGCAGUUAUCAACCAGUCAAAUCUAGAUCUCUGCCUGCUGAACUACCUGGCUCAGGACUGGUCUGCUCAGUACAGUCUCCACAGCGACCAGGAGGAGAUCACCUUCAUAGUUUUCCAGUCUUUAAGAGAGAGCGAUGAAGACGAUGGUGAAGGGGCAGAGAGGAAGAGGGCGGAGUUGGAUAUAGCAGUGCAUGUUAAAUAUGACCAGGGACAAACAGUGAUUGCUAUCCAUUCACCGUACUGGAUGGUGAACAAGACAGGCAGGCUGCUGCAGUACAAGGCUGACGACAUCCAUCGAAAACACCCCUUGGACUACGACAUGCCGCUGCUCUUUUCCUUCAAGCCCCGAUACUUCCUGAAAAACAACAAGGUCCGUCUCAUGAUCUCAGACAGCGAGCUCUCUGAUGAUUUCUCCCUGGACACAGUGGGUAGUCACGGAGAUGUCACAUGUAAAGGCCGGUACAAAGAUUAUCUGGUUGGUGUGAAGAUCGAUGCGAGCAGCUUCAGUCUAACUCGCAUGGUGAGCUUUGUGCCGUUUUACAUGCUGGUCAACAGAACAAAGCACAGCGUCUUCAUCUGUGAGGAGGGGCAGGACAACUGGACCGAGGCUGAGCCAGAGCAGUCAGCCAUUCCUUUCUGGCCUGAGAAUGACACCAAGCGGCUCAAGAUCAAAGUAGGAGGUUGUUUGUUGCCUCCUCAAACUAUCGACUUCACACGACCAGAAAACUGCCUCCUGUUGCAUCUGGACAGCUCUGUGGGUGGGAUCAUUGUAGACGUGAACCGAUCAGAGCACUCCGCCACCAUUCGAUUCUCAGAGUACCACGAUGGCGCGGCACCUUUCCUCAUUAUCAACCACACCAAAGACCAGACUCUGCUGUUCCAUCAGAGUGCCAGGGAAGAAUCAGCGUGGGUUCCUGACUCGCUUCUCGACCUCUCCUUCUCAGGGGAGGAGGAAAGCUCUCAGAAAGAGGCAGAACAGGAGGAGUUGAUGGCAGGGAAAGCUGUUCAUUACACCUGGACUGAACCCACAGGGUCUCGAGAGCUGUGCUGGAGGUGUGGAGCUUACAGUGGGAAGCUGAAGAGUGAGGAGGACAUGCGUCAGGACAUGAACAAUGAUGGAAAACUGUUCUUGAUCUCCUUUUAUGAAGGUCUUCAGCGCGUCGUGCUGUUCACUGCAGAGCAGCGCAUCUACAAGCUGCUCUGUGAGAGCGAGAAGGCCCAGCUGGCUGAACAGGAAAUCAUCUUGUCACUCCAGAAUGUGGGCAUCUCUCUGAUCAACAACAGCAGUGGCCAGGAAGUGUCCUUCAUUGGUAUCACAAGCUCUGAUGUGGUUUGGGAACUGAAGCCUAAGAAGAAGAAUCGCUGGAAGACUAUGAGCACUAAAGACGUUGAGAUGCUUGAGAACAAAUUCAGGGAGUACAUUGAAUCUGGACCUGUGGACAAUUCCAUCGCAGAUCUUGAAAACAACUACCAGGUGAUUUUUACUCCCAAUGGUGUGGAUAUGCGGAUGCUGGAGCCAUGUGAGGCUCCUCUCAGGAGGCACUUCCUGCCUGGGGUGAAGGUGGAGUACAGCGUCUCACCGCGACAGAGUGCCUACCGUAUCCAAAUCCACCGUAUUCAGAUCCAGAAUCAGCUGCCAGGAGCAAUCUUCCCCUAUGUUUUUUAUCCUGUAAAACUGCCAAAAUCCAUCACCAUGGACUCAGAGCCCAAGCCUCUCACUGAUAUCAGCAUCGUAACAAGAACAGCCGGGCACUCUGAUAUCUCUCGCAUCAAGUACUUCAAGGUGUUGAUUCAGGAGAUGGAUCUGAAGCUGGAUCUCGGCUUCCUGUAUGCCAUCCUGGACAUGUUCACACCUGAGAAUGCCAGCAUCAACAGCUCAGAACAGGAGGUGGAACUAUUUGAGAAGGACAUAGAGUACAUAAAGACUGAAUUAAACUCUGUCUCUGCGGCUGAUAACUCUCCCAUCAGCCUCUAUGAGUACUUCCACAUUUCCCCCAUCAAGUUGCACCUCAGUUUCUCUCUGAGUACGGGAGGAGAAGACGGCCUGAAGGAGAAGAGAGACAAAGAAAUCAUCCCUGUCCAGUCCCUCAACCUGCUGCUGAAGAGCAUCGGUGCUACUCUCACUGAUGUGCAGGAUGUCGUGUUCAAGCUGGCCUUCUUUGAGUUGAACUUCCAGUUUUGUACCACACAGCAGCUCCAGUGGGAGGUCAUCAGACAUUAUUCCAAGCAGGCUAUCAAACAGAUGUAUGUGCUGGUUCUGGGUCUGGAUGUGCUUGGGAAUCCUUUUGGACUGAUCAGAGGACUGUCAGAAGGAGUGGAAGCCUUCUUCUAUGAGCCUUAUCAGGGAGCCAUCCAGGGGCCUGAGGAGUUUGUUGAGGGAAUGGCUCUUGGGGUGAAGGCUCUGGUUGGAGGAGCUGUAGGUGGUAUAGCAGGUGCUGCCUCCAGGAUCACAGGUGCUAUGGCAAAGGGCGUUGCUGCCAUAACGAUGGACGAGGAAUACCAGCAGAAAAGACGAGAGGCCAUGAACAAACAACCCAGCGGCCUGAGAGAGGGGCUGACCAGGGGCGGAAAGGGAUUAGUGUCUGGUUUUGUCAGUGGGAUCACAGGGAUUGUUACUAAACCUAUCAAAGGAGCCCAGAAGGAGGGUGCAGCUGGCUUUUUUAAAGGUGUUGGGAAAGGUUUGGUAGGUGCAGUUGCUAGACCAACAGGAGGCAUUAUCGACAUGGCCAGCAGCACUUUCCAAGGGAUCAAGAGGGCUGCAGAGACUUCACAAGAUGUUCAAUCUCUGCGUCCUCCUCGCUUCAUCCACGAAGACGGUGUCAUACGCCCAUAUAAGGAGAGGGAGGGUAUCGGCAGCCAGAUGCUCCAGAAAAUUGAAAACGGACGUUUUGCCAAGUACAGAUACUUUGCUCAUGCCAAAGUCAAUGAAUCCGACUUCCUCAUGAUCACAAAGAGGGGAAUAUUCUUUGUGACUAAAGGCACAUUUGGUCAGCUGACCUGUGAGUGGCAGUAUCUGUUUGAAGAGUUCACCAAGGAUCCCAUGAUCGUAGAGAAACGCCGACUGCGAAUCGAGGCCAAGGAGAGAGUGAAAUCUGUCUUCCAUGCCAAGGAAUUUGGGAAGAUCAUAAACUUCAAAACUUCUGAGAUUGCCGAGUGGGUUCUUGCCAAACUGGACGAUGCAAGAGAGAGUUUACCUAAAUACUGACCAGCCAAGAAGAGUGAGCAAUGAUCGAAUUAAAAACAAAAAAGAAAAGAAAAUACACACAUCAAGCCUGUGUGUGUGUCAGUGCCUUUGUUGUUUACUGCAUGCUACUGUUGUUUACCUUAAAACACACAAACAAAGCUGUAUGUUGACUGUUAGUGUGUGCCAGACAGCUAAAGGAUAAAUGAGUAGUGUGUAUGUAUGCAUGCCAAAAAAAAUGCUAUAAAUUAACAUCUGGUGACGCACAUUAAUACAUUAACUCAAAUUGAACCAACCUUCAUAUCAAUCUGUUUGCUCAGUUUGCACUCCCCUCUCAACACAUCUUUGAUUUUUAGAGAUUUAUUUUUAGUAAUGCUAACUCUUGACUUUAACAACAUCCUGACACUUAUCUGCUUGACUUUAAAAUGCUGGUGUAAUAGGAGGGUUUUCAGUUUCCUCAGCUUUUUGACUGCCAUCGUUCAGUUUGCCACUCACACUUGAACAAUAAUGAUGUCGAAGCAUCAGAUAAUACUCUGAGGCCAAAUGGAGCGUAAUUGUUGUUGCACAUUGAACCUUGCUGUAAAUUUUACUGGAUAAUAUAUAAGGGAGAUAAAUUGAAAUAUUUGGGAACUGCUUUCUAACGCAUGUCAUUUAAAAUGUGUCUGUUUUCUUUUACUCUCUCUUGCUCUAUAUUUCUGCUUUUUUUUAAUACAUUUAUGCGAGAUGACGACUGUUCGGUGUGUGAUUUAGAGACGCAUGCUAUUUUUAUACCAUACUUAUUAUCAGUCUGCUGUAUAUUGCUCUAAUAAAGUGUGUUAUCUGUAUAUAUCUAUCCUCACACAAUAUUCUGUAUACGGCGUUACAGACUGUAACUCUGUGAUUUUUAUGUUUUUAUACCACACAUAUGCAAUGCCUACUGUAUUGAAGAAUUAUGCAGAGAAGAAUAUAUUUAAAAGAGACGAAUGCUAAUAAUUAUUAGCUGCUGUUUACUAUGAGGAAUAUUUUAAAAGUUUGCUUUGGUUUGGGGUGCGUCGCAGCUUAACACCACUAAAUGUUUCUGUUGUCAUGUUUGUCAUUUCUGCUUUGAGGGAGAGUGUUCACUGCAGUGGCUUAAUGUUGAUCUCCCUCUGUUUUAAAAAAGAUUUAAUAAAACAUGUUUCAAAUUUCA